AUGGCCCUAAAACCGUACGUAGCUUUAGAUAAUGAGAAGGAGAAGCUGAAAAUGGAAGAGAAGGAAGGUGUUCAGAACGCUAACAACGGUGGUGAUUGCGAGAAGAAUGAAGAUGAAGAUGAUUUCUCUUUCACCUGCACCAACCCCGACAGCAAGGGCCAAAGGGGUUGCUGCUUCUUCUUCCUCUUUGCGGCCGCCAUUCAAGAAGCUCUUCUUCAAAGAGCGAGAUACAUUAACCUCGGCAACGUCGUUUUACAACUCAGGAGGUGGACUUGGGUCCUGAUCCAUGAGAUCAACCAGCUUCUGAGUUUGAUCAUCAACACCUUCUACAACAACAAGGAGAUCUUCUGUGAGCUCAUUAGUAAUGCCUCUGAUGAUAGUAGCCUCCGAUCAUGCUUAGGGCUACGAAAUUACAGUUGUAGGGACUUUUUCGUUCCGGCAGCUACAAACGGGCUAGGUUGCCUUAAAGAGCAGAUGGAUGAAAUUGCCCAUUGA